AUGCUGGUGCAGGCCACGCUCGCCGCGCAGCGGGGCCCUGCGGCCACGCUGCCGCAGCUGCUCGGCACGCUGCAGCGGUGGUUCGCCGCUGAGGCCAAGGGCGCGGCCGGCGGCAGCGCCGCCAUCACCCCUGCGCCCAGCAAAAAAGACAAGUGGGCGGCUGUGAAGCUGCCCGAGGACACGGUGGCGGCCAUCCCCGAGACCACGCUGCCGGGGCAGGCGUUUGUCGGCGACCUGCGCUCCACCAGCGGCCUGGGCCUGGGCGACGGGAAGACGAGCCACACCUCCAAGUGGCUGACGGCUGGUGCCAAGUCUCCGAUGGAUUACAUACAGGAGGCUGAGCCCAUCAAGGUGUCGGGCAUGGUGGUCGCCAGCUACGGCAGCGACGACCCGAACCUGGGGUGCCCGGUGGAGUACAUCAGCCUCAAGGGCACCAGUUAUGACAAGCCGGCGGUCUGCAAAUACACGGGGAACAAGGUGUGGGGGGUUUGGGGGCAGGAACGGAAACUGGGAGGCGGCUGA